AUAACCUAUUUAAUCAGCAGCAGCAGAACCAGAUCCGCUUCAGACCUCUUCACAUCAGACCUAACGAACAGGUCAGCAGCCGGACGUCAUCAUGCCUUUCGGAAACACCCACAACAAACUGAAGAUGAACUACUCGUCGGAGCAGGAGUACCCCGACCUCAGCCAGCACAACAACCACAUGGCCAAGGUGCUCACACCUGAAAUGUACGACAACCUGAGGGACAAGGAAACGCCCAGCGGAUUCACCUUGGACGACCUCAUCCAGACCGGCGUGGACAACCCAGGUCACCCGUUCAUCAUGACGGUGGGCUGUGUCGCCGGAGACGAAGAGACAUACGAGGUCUUUAAGGAGCUGCUGGACCCGGUGAUCGAAGACCGCCAUGGAGGAUACAAACCAUCAGACAAACACAAGACCGACAUGAACCAUGACAACCUGCAGGGAGGAGACGAUCUGGAUCCAGACUACGUUCUGAGCUCCCGGGUCCGGACCGGUCGGAGUAUCCGAGGCUUCUGUCUGCCGCCUCACUGCAGCCGCGGAGAACGCCGAGCCAUCGAAAACCUCUCCCUGGAAAGUAUGACAUCACUUCCUGUUUCCUGCUCUUUAAUGCUCUUUAAACCAGUUUUAAAACAUAGUGAAAACCAGUUAGAAGUUGUGAUGAAGAGCUGAAACAGAUACACCCUUAAUCCGUCUUUAUUGAGAUGUUUACCCAGCAUGCCUCAGUGAUCCUCAGUCAGUAGAUGUUUACCCAGCAUGCCUCAGUAAGCGUGUCAGUAGGUGUUUUUACCCAGCAUGCCUCAAUGAUCCUGUGUUAUAUAACUCUAAGUUGAGCUGAGACUCUUAAUGAGGAUCUGAGACCUGCUUCACCUCCGAAGGAGACUAAAGAGAACCAGACCGGCUGAAACCAGCAGCACAUUAUCUAUUGUUACAACCCGGCUCCAACAUAAGGUAACGAAGAUGAGUGAUAAAAGUAAUAAAUACACAUUUAUUUAAAGAAUACAAUCUAAACUAACAACCAAUCAAAACAAAUAGAGCCAUCAGGUCCUGGUUCAUAUGUGGGUUUAUAGAGCCAUCAGGGAUAGAUAGAUAUCUCUAUCUGUCUGUCUAUCUAUAUAGAUAUAGAUAUACACACACAUUGUUAUGGUCUGGCUCUUGAACCACAACAAAACGUAACGAAAACUCAGGCACGGUGCUAAAUAAAGAAACCACCUUUAUUAGAAAAAGGUCGGGACAGUUCAAAGUGCACAACAGGAGAGCAUUCUCGCAGCAUCCCAGAUGGUGUAACUGCUCCCUCUAAACACUCCGUGUAGCACACCAGGUGUCAGGGAAAAGAAGCCAGCCCCCCUACCGGAUGGGGCGGGCCUUGUAGGGCAAAGGUGUUGGCCAGCUGCCUCCAAUCUUCCUGAUGGCCCUGGGCCGUCACCCCCCCCAUAAAGACAGGGUCCCCACAGGCCCCUGGACAUCACCCAUGCCCACAUCUCAUUCCUUCAGCUACUUCGUCAUCUCCCAUCUCAGCUACUGGUACCUUGAAGCAAUCUUUAAGAGAGACAGACAACAAAGUUGAAAGAAACAUGAUGCACAAUUACUGACAUGGGGCCCUGGACAAUGCGUCAGCAACAAUAUUGUCCUUCCCUUUAAUGUGACGUAUCUCGAGAGUAUGCCUGAAAAAACAGGGACCAUCCUAUGAGUCUCUGAUUUGGACAGUGUAGUGAGUUCAAAAAUGUUAAAGGGUUGUGGUCCGUGUAAACUACCACAGGCCCUGAACCCACAUACACCUCAAACUGCUGUAAUGACCAAAUCAACGCCAAAGCUUCUUUUUCUAUUACGGAAUAGUUUAACUGGUGCUUGUUGAACUUCUUGGAGAAGAAACUCACGGGUCUGUCAAUACCCAAUUCGUCCUCUUGCAUCAGCACCCCACCUGCACCCACGUGACUGGCAUCAACUUGCAGUUUAAAACUGCUAUCCAUUCGUGGUGCAGCGAGAACCGGAGAAUCACAAAGGAUCAGCUUUACAGCAUCGAAAGCCCUUUGACAACCAGCGGACCAAAUAUACUCCACCUUACCCUUCAGUAGGUCUGUCACCGGCGCCACUACAGUCGAAAAGUUACGACAGAAAGCUCUAUAAUAACCAACCAAACCUAAAAAUUUCAUCAGUUCUUUCUUUGUUGCCGGCGGCGGAUACCGGUCCAUGGCUUGCACCUUUGCCCGCAGAGGGCGCACCUCUCCUUGCCCGACCUGUCGACCCAGGUAUGUCACGGUUGCUUUAGCAAACUCACACUUCGCCAGAUUAACAGUAAGGCGAGCCUCAAGUAAGCGACCGAACAACGCUUUUACACGCUCCAUGUGUGAAGACCGCGAAUCUGAGUACACAACGACAUCGUCUAUAUACACUGCACAGCCUUCUAACCCACGAACAACCAUAUUCAUAAGUCGUUGGAACGUAGCAGGUGCGUUUCGCAACCCGUAAGGCAUGACAGAGUAAGAAUACAGCCCAGUUGGAGUAAUAAACGCUGCCAUUUCACGCGCCCUUUGGGAUAAAGGGGCCUGCCAAUAACCCUUUAACAGAUCAAAUUUGCUGAUGUAUUUUGCAGCACCAACCUGAUCAACGCAAUCAUCCAUGCGAGGUAGGGGGUAAGAGUCUGGUUUAGUGACACUGUUGACUUUCCUAAAAUCCGAACAAAACCGAGGGGUAUUGUCCGCUUUUGGUACGAGCAAACAAUGUGACGCCCAGCUUGAGGAUGACGGUUCAGCGAUGCCGUUCUUCAGCAUAUACUCAACUUCAGAAUCUAAAAAUGAACGCUUUACCGCACUGACUCGAUAAAAUCGCUGUCUUAUCGGCUUUGCAUCUCCUAUGUCGAUAUCAUGUGUGUACAAGAUGGAACAUCCCCAAACAACAUUGGAUACCCCCUGAUAAGCUCGGAUAGCUCUGUGUGUUGUGAAACAGACAAGUGGUCAAGGACACUGUCUAAGCUCUGCAGAACUUCAGAGUUUUUCAAUCGGCCUGUUAGCAACGCUGAAUCCGGAUUAGGCAAACCAUCCUCACAAACAUGCUCCCUACCCGAUGACGUCGUGUUGCCUACACACGCCGGGUGAGCGCUAUCCAUCCCUACGCUCCGCUCCUGAGACGAACGUGCAUGAUAUGCUUUCAACAGAUUAACAUGGCACAGUUGGUGAUGUUUUCGACGGUCUGGUGUGGCAAUAAGAUAGUUCUGCUCUGAAAUCUGUUUCACUACAGUAUAGGGACCCAUAAACUUAGCGUUAAAUGGCGAAUUUAUAAUGGGCAACAAAGCCAAAACUUGGUCGCCUGUACUGAACACCUGAUGCUCAGCUCCAUGGUCAUAAAGGCGUUUCAUCUUAUCCUGUGUUUUAGCCAACUUCGACUUUGCCAAUUCCCCAGCUGCGUAAACUUUAUGCCGGAACCCAUUGACAUACUCCACCAGAUUUUUAGGUGGCUCUGUUUGUCUCCAAUCCCCUUGCAACGCAGCCAACGGACCACGCACAGUAUGACCAAAAACCAGCUCAUUAGGACAAAAUCCUGUACUUGCUUGCGUUACUUCCCUGGCCGCUAGCAACAACCAUGGUAACCCUUCCUCCCAAUCACCUUUCAUCUG